AUACGUACGUCAUUUUUGACAACAUUAUUCUUAUACUUUUAUUCAUCUUCCUAUAUGAUGGAAUAUACAAUUCUAGAAGUAUUAUCUAUUUUACAACAGUAAGUUUUCCAGAUGGUGGAAAGUAGUAACGAAGAAAAUCCCACGACUAACAAAGGGGUCAACGUCCACUCAGAAUCCCUCCCUGCAAGAGUCCACACAUAUUCAGAAACCGAAAGUACAGCAUCCUCUCAAAACGGGACUGGCCGAUCCACAACAGACAUAAGAAACGAAAUUCAAAAUGUCCUCGAUCUUAUGGGUCCUUCUACCCCCAGCGUCAUCACCUCGUGUAUAACAAGUAGCGAUGCAGAAAACGAAGACUCAAUUAUAUCAAAAGAAUCUAUGAAAACACAAAACAGUUCUUUGAAUCGUGACAGAAAAAACCGUUCCACUUUAAAAUUUAUAAAUAGUGUCGCUUCUUCAGAUAUCACAAGGUGUUCGUUAAGUUUCUUGGAUGAGAAAAAAAGUAUGCCGACGAACGAGUCAGAAACGAAAGAUUCCGUGAAGGCUGAUGCUGGAACUAUUUCGACUAACAAUUUUUUGAAUUAUGAUGAACUUGAACCUUCGUGUUGUGACCACGAGCGGGUGCUGGUUAGUCCCGAGUGUCUGUGUGCGAUUUUGGAGAUGAAUAAAAGCCAGGCGCCUGUUACUCCUCCUAGGAUAUACGAAGGGACCCGUUCUACGUGCAAAAGCACAAGAUUCGCACCCGUCGAUUACAAAAAACGCAGCUUCUUCGAGUGGGUCAAGGAAAAAUCCUCCGAUUUGAAACUUAAAAAAUCGUACUCCACACCUUGUGAACUCUACAGGGUUAAUUUCUGCGGACAAUGUGAAGACGGCACUCACCCCAAGCGAGUCAUCUUCGACUUGGUAGAAGGCAUCCCGAGACCUACUUCUAGCACAGUUGCAACCAACACCAUACGACCGCCCGUCGAAAAACGUAAAACCAGUCGCGAUCCUUCACCGAGUGCUUUACACUCUCGAUGUACAUUUAAGGACGAGAAAAACAACAAGAACGAAGCAAAUAAAGGGAAUAGCAAACUCCAGAAGAACGUUUGCUACGACAGUGAGGGUAACGCAAGAGUCGACUUUUACUACUUCGAUCAUGGGAACGCUCAGUAUUUUCACACGACAGACACUCCCCCCGUUCUGAAAACCGAAAUUCUAGCCGAAAAAACCGAAAGGUAUACUACUAGAUUCUGGGCUGAGUUUUUUGCGUCAAUUCAUGUAGGGGUGGCCUUCUGUGUUUCUUUUUUGCUGCAGUUGCUUAAAUUUUUAUUGUAUAGUGUGAUGCGGCCACUUUUUGUGGGUGUGAUGCAGAUGUCGUCGGAUUAUUUUUUUAAACCAUUCCUCACAACUUUCUUCAAUGGUCUGAUUCAGCCACUGCUUAUAUUCUUGUACAAUAUUGCGACGUCGAUGAGGGACUUGUGUGAUCCUAUUGCCGAAGCGAUUGGUUAUUUCUGCAGAGAAGUAGCUGUGCUACUUAAAGCUAUUAGAUUGUGUACUUAUAAGAAAAAUACAAGCGACGAUAACGCUAAUUCUGAUUGUAAUAAGAAAGCGAAAUGUGAAUACUGAGGUCUAUAAUUAUACUUUUACUAUAAGUCAAAUAAAUCUGUAAUAAAGAUAA